AUGUCUCUUCUCAGCACUUUCCACCUGUUCGUCCUCUUCGCUCCUUUUCCAUCUUACACUUCUCUGAACUACACACGUUCUACAAAUUCAAAACCGCAGGAAAUGAAGUGGUCUUUCAUUCUUUUCUUCGUCGCUUUGAUCUGCGCAGGAGUCUUUGAGGCUGCUGCGGCUGGAGAUAAGAAGGGUUCGAUAAACAGACCUUGGAUGGGCGGUUUCCCCACAGAUUCACCACAGUAA